AUGUACUCAUCAGGCGCUGUAGCAGGUAUUGCGAUAGGUUGUGCCUUCGCAAGCGCAGCUAUCGUUUCCGCUGUGUUCCUGUUAGUACACCGCCGUCGACCAAAUCUGAAGCCAACAACUCCGGAGCAAGUGCCGCGUCUUGAAUACGUGCAUGACCAUUUACUGCAGGCAGUCGGCCACAAAGAACUCAGACGAGAAUUUUCCGGAUUGGAAACACUAAUCAAGGCCUUUGCCUUCAACUACUUUCACACUCAACCGGUCGAUGCAACAACCGUGGAUACCGACAAGAUACAUGCCAUGCUAGGCGCAGCCGAUAAUCACUCCAGCAGCCAGUGGUCAACUCAAUUAUGCGACACCACUAAUCGAAUAACUGCGCUUAGAACAUAUAUUGCGAGGGUCCUCUUGGCUCGAGUCGACCCACGAGGUCCAGCAGAGACGACCCUUCUUCCCGUCGAUAUUGUUCGUUGUUUUCAAACAGCGCUUCUAAAGAACCAUCCGCCACUUCUUCUAGAGUCCUGGCGCGUUACGACUGCUACCGUUCUGGCAGGUCAAUACCCGCAAAAUAAGCUGGCAGAAGGUGACCCACGCGCCGACAAUAUCAAGAGAACAGUGGCUGACCUGUUGGAUGCUCUGCAACCUUUCCGGACUAAAGGAAAUGAAGAGAGCUCCAUACUUAUUUUAGAGGAAAUGGGGAAGAGUUUUGCGGUUCUAGGAUUCAAACUCUUCUCACACAUAAAUACCAUUGAGGUUGUAUGGCCCCCCUCGUCAGCUACCCAAGUGGUUCUCUUCCCUGCUUUGGUGCAGUAUAGACCUACUGAAGGAUAUAUCAUUGUCACCAUCAGAGAAGCAUCUUUUUAUUGA